CAUUAUCCAUGUUUGGAACAACGGUUGGUCUGUAUGGGAUACCCUGGUGUAAGAAAUCCCUGCUGCUAACUGUCUUGAUGUCAGUUAUUGGAGCUUCCAUGGGAAUUCUAGACACAGGUGGCAAUGUACUGGCACUGAACACAUGGGGAGCAGAGGCUGGGCCUCAUAUGCAGGCCUUGCACUUCAGUUUUGCUGUCGGUGCUUUUGUGGCUCCAAUCCUGGCUAAAAUGGCUCUGGGAGGCUCUGACUCUAGAGACUUUGCAGUCGCUGAAAAGACAAACCAGUCUGUGCUGAGGUCUGUGCCGACAACAUCGGCUGCAUCAGCUGUGUCAGUGCUGAAACACCAUCUUGGUGCAGAUUUUCUGUGGUCCUAUGUUGUCAUAGGCACCUAUCUUCUGUUAGUCUCUUUCUUCUUUUUUAUUUUGUAUUCAAAGAGCAGCUCAGCUCGGGACAAAUCCAAGGCCUCCCUGCAGAAGUGCGUGUUUGCCAAAUACCACUCUGCACUUAUCAGUCUCCUGUUCGUGUUCUUCUUCUGCUAUGUGGGAGCAGAGGUCACAUACGGCUCCUACAUAUUUACUUACGCAAAAGUCUUUGCCGAGAUGAAAGAAAACGAAGCAGCUGCUUUGAAUUCCGUCUUCUGGGGCACGUUUGCCGCUUGCAGAGGAGUGGCGAUAUUCUGUGCUGCUUGCUUGUACCCUGGCACCAUGAUCGUGCUGAGUAUCGUAGGCUCUGCUGUCUCCUCUUCGUGCUUGGCCUUCUUUGCGAGGUCCCCAGCCUUGCUCUGGGUUGGAACUGCUGUGUAUGGAGCGUCAAUGGCCACCAUCUUUCCCAGCGGCAUUUCCUGGAUAGAACAGUACACAGUGGUGCAGGGGAAAUCAGCUUCUCUGUUCGUGAUUGGCGCCGCACUGGGCGAGAUGUGCAUCCCUGCUGUGGUGGGCUAUCUUCAGGGCAGGUUUCACCACGUCCCUGUGGUUAUGUACACUGCCUUGGUAACGUCUGCAGCCACCGUGGUGCUCUUCCCUCUCAUGUACAAAUUGGCCAACUCUCCCAGAGAGAGCAGCUUAAAAGAAAGGAGUGAGAGCGAGGACCGGAAAGCUUUGUUGUCAAACGUGGGGCUUAAUGAGGAUGAAGAAGAUGAGGAGGAUGUGGGGGAGUGGAAUGAAGCAGACUUUGAGGUAAUAGAAAUGAAUGACACACUGAGAAACUCUGUGAUAGAGACCUCCCGUAAAAUACCAGGGGACUCUCCAGCCAAAGUCUCUCUCCAGCCCCAGCUGGACAAUGUGUUGUGUGAUCCUCCGGUGGUUGCUGGUGGCUCCCCUGGGAGGAAAAAUGUGAACACUGACCGGGAGAAGAACGACUGA